AUGGGGCUGGAGAGCGCGGCGGCGCGGCGGCUGGCGCUGGGCGGCGCGGCGGGGGUGUCGCUGCCGCGGCUGGAGAAGCCCAUCAAGCAGGCCUUCUACAACACGGGCGCGCUGCUCUUCGCGGGGCUCUGCUGCGGCGCCGCCGUGCUCGUCUACUUCAUCCUGGAGGCCUUCCUGCGGCCGCUGCUCUGGGCCGUGCUCUGCGGCACCUUCCUGCACCCCUUCAAGAGCUCGCUCACGGCGCUCGGCCGCCGCUGGCUCGGCCGCCUGCAGCGCUCCCGCACGCCCGUGCUGCUGGCCGCGCUGCUGCUGCCCAUCUGCUUCGCCAACUACGGCGUCGAGGCGCUGGGCGAGCAGGUGCUGCGGCGGCGGCGGCUGCUGCUGCUGCUGGGCGCCGGCGGGCCGCUCCUCUACGGGCUCUACUGCGUGGGCAGCUCCCUGGGCGUGCAGGUGCUGCUGGCGCAGGCCGCCCGCCUCAUCUGCCAGGGGCUCGACUACUUCAGCAGCCAGUGGAUCUGGACCUUGGUUGUUGGUUACCUGUUGAUGAUUUCCUUUAAGUGGAAUCUAAGCACGGAGCGUUACUUGAAAGCCAUCUCGGUACCCAUGUGGAUUAUGCUGCUCUUCCACCUAGCUUCUGUGGCUGGUUCCUGGAGAAUUCCUGUGUUUCUGGUUAUAGUUGUUCUGAUGACUGUAGGCACGUUGCAUGAACAGCAGAGCGGAAAGGAGUCUUCUGGGGCAGAACUUCCUGGUCAGAUGAUUUCCAUUGCUGCUUCAACAAUUGCCAUGGCCAUAUCAAUUACGGAAGAUGAAUCCAAUAAACCUUCCUCACAACCCUCAGAAACAACAGAAGGGGAUCAGCCUGCGCAUACUUCAUCAUCUUUCUCGUCUUCGUCAUCUUCUGGGAGCAGGCAAAGGCCUGAGAUUGGAGCUCUUCUUCGAAGAAAGAAGACGAGUGAUAUUUACUUUGUUACACUUGUCUGGGCCAUUGUCAUUGUGCAGAUCUGGCUAAAUCUCUGGAUUGUGCAACUAUUGCCAGUGCCUUUUGCAGUUUGGGCACUCAAGAAACUUGUGGUCCAUUUUGGAGUUUUGAACUUCAUGGCAAACCGUUGCAGUAGUUGGUGGCAACUUGUGGAAAAGUUUGUGAUGGAGCGUCAGGAAGCUCUUGCGCCACGGCCCAUUAGAGGGCUUGGAAGAGUCAUGCUCAAACUUGACAGUAAGCUGUGGCACUGGCUUAAUAAGAAGAUACUCAUAUGGUUGGAGAAAAUGCUAGAUAAGAUAAUCAGCAUUUUCAUAAUAUUUUUGCUAGUCAUAGGAACCCUGCUGCUAGCCCUGCUGCUUACUGCAAAGGUACAUCAAGAGAGUGUUCACAUGAUUCAAGUCACUAGCAGCUUGAUCAAUGAGACGGUAGCCAGUCACCCAGAAUGGGCAAACUGGCUCCCAGAAGCGCAGGUUAUCCAGAAGGCCCUCAAUUCAGCUGCUAAUAAUGUAUAUCAAUAUGGCCGAGAAUGGAUUACACAUAAGCUCCAUAAGAUUUUAGGAGAAAAGGUGAACAACACUGCUGUGAUAGAAAAACAAGUGCUAGAGCUCUGGGACAGGCUUUACCAUUCUUGGUUUGUGAAGAAUGUGACACAUUCUGGAAGACAUAAAGGACACAAAUGGCACAUAAACCGUCAGAACAGCUGGCUUGGUGACAUUCUGGACUGGCAAGAUGUUGCAUCAUUUGUUCAUGAUAACAUUGAGACAUUUCUUUCGAUCCUGGAGUCUCUGUGGAUAGUGAUGAGUCGGAACGUGAGCCUCUUGUUCACCACCAUAACAACUCUUGUGACAAUUGUCUUCCAUAGCGGGACAGCUCUUCUCAAUUUUGUGCUCUCAGUGGUGAUUUUCCUGACCACGCUAUUCUACCUGCUGAGUUCCAGUGAUGAGUACUACAAGCCAGUGAAAUGGGUGAUCAGCCUGACACCUUUGUCUCAGCCGGGUCCCUCCUCAAACAUAGUUGGCCAGUCAGUGGAAGAGGCUAUAAGAGGUGUGUUUGAUGCUUCACUCAAAAUGGCUGGGUUCUAUGGACUCUACACUUGGCUGACUCACACAAUCUUUGGGAUUAACAUAGUCUUCAUACCAUCGGCAUUAGCAGCGAUCCUUGGAGCCGUCCCCUUUCUGGGGACGUACUGGGCAGCGAUCCCGGCAGUCCUGGAUUUGUGGCUUGUGCAAGGAAAAGGAUGUAAAGCCAUUUUGCUCUUGGUUUUUCACCUGUUGCCAACCUAUUUUGUGGAUACUGCAAUUUAUUCAGAUAUAUCGGGAGGGGGUCACCCCUACCUGACGGGCCUCGCCGUGGCCGGGGGAGCCUAUUACCUGGGGCUGGAAGGAGCCAUCAUAGGACCAAUUCUCCUCUGCAUACUUGUGGUUGCCUCCAACAUAUACAGUGCCAUGCUGGUGAGUCCAACCAACUCGGUGCCCACUCCAUCGCAAGCAGCGUGGCCGCUGCAGAUUUACCGGUCACCUAGGGAGAGUCCCGAGGAGCUGAAAGCAGCUGCCGAGUGAUGGGGCUGAGGUGCUGUGCCUGUUCCGUGCGAGAGGAUCCCGCCCGGCUGUCCUGAGGCCGCAGCAGCCACCGCCUCCUGUCCCCAAGGGCAGCUCCUAGGGAAGUGCAGCUUGGAUUUUAGGAGAAGGCACCUCCUGAAAGUCUGCUGGCCUUACGUUAUCGUGCACUUGGCCUUUUCAAGAGAGACUGUCCACUUGCCGUGGCUUUGCAUACUAACAUGCAGCUCGGCCACCUUGUUUGCAAACUCUUUGUCUUCAUAAAAAGGAUGGUUAAGAGGACAGGUAUCUUCCACUGGAGUUGUUAUGCUGCCUGCUGAAAUGACUCACUUGCCCUUUAUUUAUUUGGUUAGUUGUGUUAUUUAAGUUGUAGUAGCUUUAAAGAAAUCUUCUUCCAAAAUAUUUAUUCUCAGCUAAUCUGGUGGCUAAAAGGUGUUAACCACUCACUGGUAAACAAAAGUAGAAUGCAACUCCUUGCUGCUCCUCAAAGUAUUUCCUUAGAAGCUUUGAGCAUCACACCAACAAAUUACACUUUAUUAUUCUGUUACAAGCACUGAAGUUUAAUGUUGUUGAGGACUGGUGUUUCUAACACCUUUUCUAGAGAUUGUUAAAUGUGGGGUUUCCCCAUACUGGAAUGGGGGAACUUGCUUGAGUUGCUUUACCAUCCAGUGGUUGUCUUCUCAACUGAAUUGUAUCAGAGGACUUGAAUCUUUGCAGGUAGUGAUAUCAUAAGACUGUCGCAUCUCCUUCCAGUAACGGGAAGAGACUGAAAGAAGCUUUAAUGUUGUUUUGUAAAUGCAAUGGCUGACUUCAAGUUCCUUUUCAAAGAAAUUUAAGCAUGUUUCCAAAGGGAGAGAGUCCACUCCUCACCCCCCACAAGACUCUUGACAAAUAGCUUAAUAACAAAGAGAAACCCUAAAUUCCUGAAAUGGGCUCCUGCCUAGGUCGCAGAAUCAAAGGACUUCAGUGCUCUUUUCCAUUUGUAAUUUUGCUUAAAUUGCAUUUUUGUGGCAUUGUAAACUUUUCCUGUUGGUUGUUGAAAUAUUUCAACCUUUACACAGACCUGUGAAAAUACCAAGUGUUUUUUUUGAUCGAAAUUUCAGACUUGAGCGAGGCCCUAGGUACCAAGUAGCAGUUGCACAUGCUUUAACCAAAGACCCACCUUUCUGAUCUUAGCAAUCUGUCUUGAAUUUAUUCCAGAGUUUGAUCGUUACAGAUUGGUACAAACUGAUUGAUACAGAUUUAUGCAAAACACAAGCAGGCUUUGCAGUCAUUGGUUGUCAUACUGCAACAGUUGAUCUGCACAUCUAUCUGUACCUAGGAGUAAGGUAAUCUAACUAAGGAUAGAAUUGUAUGCAAACACUUCCCAAUAAUUUGCUUGUGUUUUAUUCAUGUUGCAGGGAUGGUGAUAAAUUUGGAAGGGGCGUAUUGUCAUGACAAUGCAUAUGUUUUUAGAAAUCUUCUAAAAAUAUAUGGCUCUACAAAGUGGACUGUGAUUGGCCUGAUAUUAACUAAGCAAGAAAGUCCCAUUAUAGUUUUGGAAAAGAAAAUACUUGACACAGUCAUUUCAACACAUCAUUGCAGAGUUCUGUGGGAUUUUGUUUUCUUGAAGUU